CUGGAGCGAUACUAAUACAACAACCAUGACCUACAGGGGAACAGUGGUAUCCCUGAGGUCCCUUCGGGGCCAAAACCAUUCGCGUUAAGUCCUCCCUUUGAGCUGUGUAAUGCUCCAGACAUGAGGAGCAGCCGGUGGGCCGACAGUCCAUCGGAACUCAAAGAGGAGGCGGCGUAUACUAUCCCGGGAGAGUGUGAGAGGCUCUUCUGUGACAAUAUGGCUGCAAUUUUUCUUGGUGAGGGGAAUUUUGUCCGGCCCGAGUCACUUGGGAUGGAUGCGCUUGAUAUCCGACCAGACGAAGCAAAGAAGGAGCGCACGUGUAUUCAAAGAUGGGUCGAAGUCCUGGAUUACACAAGCGACGCUGUCUAUCGUGGGUUUGUGGGGAGUGUUGGUGAAGAACAAACGCUGUUUGUCUUCUUUGAAGAUAGUAUUCCAGGAUGCAAUCUUAAGACUGGACUGAUGGCCCUGUUUGAACUUGCUAGCCUGUCUGAUUUUGGGUGUACGCGAAUUGUUGCAUGCAUUUCUCGAACCCCAGAUUCUACAGAGCAUGAAGUGAUCAGAAACCUAGGCUGGUGUGGGUUUAGCUUGACUACUCUCCAGCCUUGGUGCAGUAAGAACCACAGUGAAUCUGUGAUUAGUGCGAAGUGGCUUUUCUUGAGUGCCGAAGUUUAAUGGUGGAGUACUAAUAUGAUCUACCCCCGCAUGUCAGCAAAUUAAGCGCGUUGCAACGGACCUGUAUGAAUAAUAUGACACCUUAAUAUAUUGAUUCACUAUCUCUGGAAGACAAUGACCGGGGUAGAACCUUUUUUUAUA